GGCUGGGCUCCGGGCGGCUGGCUGUGCGCUUCAGACGGUCGUGGGGGAGACCACCGUAACACUCAGCGUCUCCUCGAGUGCUCAGAGGAAAAAGACAAGAGACAAGGGGAUCCAGCUUAAAAAAAAAAACUGAAAAAAUAAAAAAAUAAAAAUAAAAAAAGACAUCCCCAACGACCUCGGCAUCUGGAAAAGCACCGAAGAAGAAGGAGACGGAUCCCCCCUCAACCCCACCACCACCCUGCCGUCAACCCGCCCUACCAUACCCACCACUUCGUGACAUCCCUCUGGUCUGAACUGCCCUCCUACCCCCCAGGAGGACCGCCGACCACCCAUAGGAAACCCCCACUUGACCAGCGUUGCCAUUAAGCGAUGCACUUUGAAUCUAAGAAGAAAUCAACAAUGCGUUUUUGAUGCACAACAUAACCAGUGGUCUUCGUUUUUCUCAGCGGGAACAGUUAAGACUACGGAUUUAGGUGUUUACACUUUUUUGACGGGUUUCUGGUGGCAUGAUAACAUUUAUGAAAUAUCAUCCCACCCCAACAGACAAGGCUGUCAUUUCAUAGGUUCGUCUUCUUUUAGAAGAGCUGUCAUAAACGCUGCAAUCAAGCUUAUGUUUUCUUUUCCAUGCUUAGAAAUAAUACUGACAAUGGUCUGGGAACGGACCGCCUCUCCAGAUACCUAGUUGUGUUUUCUCAAGACGUGUCAGCUCUGUAUUUCAGUCUUAUCGAAGAUAAAGCAACAAAUUGACGAGGAGUCAUUUGACACCGACGCAGUUUCAAGCCAAAGGACUUUGCGUGCGAAGUUUGCGUCGGGAAAAAGGGGGGAAGAAGUCGGAGAUAUCUCGGCCAUAUCCACGGCAUUUUUCCUGUAAGGUGGGAGGUUGGUGGGCUGCGGUCAUGCUGUCCCUGGACGAGCCACUGGACCUGAAGCUCCCUCGACGGGCUAAUGGGCGGGACAGAGGGGCACGCUCGCCCCCCCUCUCCCCACUGCAUGCCAAGCGUGCGCGCCAGCUCCGCAUGGCAGAUGACGGCACUGCAGUCAUAGAGCCCGCCUCGCCAGCCUCUCCACACACAGGAGUGCAGGUGGUCCCUCAGGACCGGACAGAGACCCCCACCCCCCCAGCAGUGGACUUGAGCAUGUCUCCCUCAUCCCGCCACACUGCCAGCUCUCCAGAAAUGACCAACGGCAACCACGUCCCCUCAGGGAAUUCUCACAUUCGCUAUGUAGAAGGCGGAGCCUCCUCACAGGCCUUUCAGUUCUUUGUGCCAAUUGGCGCUGGUGCGGGACUUCACCUGCCAUCCUCCAUGUUCAUUGGACAGACAAGUGAUAAGCGGGCUUCUCCUGACCUCUCAGCGGACGAACAGCUGGCCUGUCGCUGGAAGAAGUGCCAUCUACUCUUCGACUCCCUUCAAGACCUGGUGGACCACGUCAAUGACUUCCAUGUCAAACCUGAAAAGGAUUCUGGGUACUGCUGCCAUUGGGAGGGCUGUGCACGCAAAGGGAGGGGCUUCAAUGCCAGGUACAAGAUGCUCAUCCACAUCCGCACUCAUACUAACGAGAAGCCCCACCGCUGUCCCACCUGCAACAAGAGCUUCUCACGCCUGGAGAACCUCAAGAUACACAACCGAUCCCACACAGGUGAAAAGCCCUACAUUUGUCCCUAUGAGGGCUGUAACAAGCGCUACUCCAACUCCAGUGACCGAUUCAAGCACACGCGCACACACUAUGUGGACAAGCCCUACUACUGCAAGAUGGUGGGCUGCCUGAAGCGCUACACAGACCCCAGCUCUCUCCGCAAGCACAUCAAGGCACACGGCCACUUUGUGGCCCAGGAGCAGGGCUCUCCGGGCGGAGUGGGCUCCCUGCUGAAGGGAGUUCAAGCUGGAGGGCUUGCUGGUGGAGUGGGGAAGGAGUCAGAGCUGUCCUAUGUGAGCGGUGCCCACAUUAUCAUUCCAGGGGCGGCUGCCGCCCUUCUGGGAGGCCAUGCUCUGCAGGGCCUGGGUGGCUCCCUGCCCUUGUCUCCCAUCAGUCCUCGGCCCCUGGACCUCAGCACGCUGGGCUGCCCCAGCUCCCCUCCUGCCAGUCUGGGAGGGGCACCCAUCCUUUCCUUCAAUGGCUCCCCACUGGGCCUGGCCAAGUCCCCUCUGCUCUCUCCAGGCUUCCCCUCUUCGGCCUUGGGUCUGCCCAUGGUGCCCGUCCUGGGGGCGGCCGCUGAACGCAGGAUCCAGGGCCGACAGGGUAAGGGGAAGAGUAGGGGGGAGGAGGCAGAGGACGAGGUGCCUGCUGGGGUCCUGAACCUCUCCACAGGAGGGUCUCAUGAUCCCCUGUCCUGGGUGGUCAUCCCCCCAGGCACUGUGGUGCUCAAGCCAGCUGUGGUCAACUGAUAUACACACACAUACAUACACACACACACACACACACACACACACACACACACACACACACACACACACACACAUACACACACACACACACCCAAACUCACAUUCCAGAGGAGCUCAGGGGGCUGGGGUGGGAGGGCGAAAGCCAUAAGUGGGGUGCGGGGGGUGGGGGGGAUCAAAGGUGAGAGGUUGGCUCGCACAAUCAAAUCCAGGCCGUGCAUUUCUGAGAGGGGCUGGAAAAAGACAAAAACACUAAAGAAACUGAUGGAGUCCUCAAUCAGUAAAACAAUAGAUAACUCUACACCUCAAGAAUUACAUGUGCAACACAGGCCUCUUUCUUUGGCGGGGGAAAUGUGGGGACUGAGAACCAGGACCACGCAAGGCUAAGGUGUUCCCGUCACAAGGCCUGAUGACAUCCUCCUCGACUUGUUGCUCUCUUAUUUUAUACUUUUUUUCAUUCCUGAUUCCUGUCCAUGAACGUGUCAGGCUUACUGCUCUGUGUUCUUACUAAAGUCCUGGUUCAUUAAUAAGUAUUUAUGACUUCAUAUGUACUUCAUUGACAGUGUGCCUGUAGCCUAGCAGUGAGAUAGACACAUCAGAAUGAAACAGAAUGACGCACUCACCGUUAGGCUAUUGCCGCACAAAAUGUAGAUUCUCCACAGUUGUGUGUUUUUUUUUUUUAAAGCUAUGACCUAUUUCUCACAGUUUGCUGUGAUGAAUAUGACUCAGACAAACUUGCCGUACCAAAGCAAGUGAAAUCAAACUGGCUCGGAUUGGUCUUUGUGCUGGAUAGCCUGCAGGGCCCAGCUUGAGACAGCAGGGCGGUGCUAUCCACAAGAACAUGAACUCCCCUCUGAGACAGUCAUUAAACACAGCACUUAAUAGUGUAAACUGGCUACAGUAUUGAAACCUCACAACUGCUGCUAACCUCACAGCUCCUCCGGUGGAACAUAAACCAGGAGAGAGCACUUUUGACAAUCUGUCCCCGUUUUGGGGAGGGCGACGAGCACAGACGAGCCCAGCCACCUAGAAUGUGUGCCGGGCGUGCAGACUAGGGGCUUGACAUAAGGGCACAGAGCAAUCUGAGGUCUUAGCACAGACAAACGGUGUUACAUCACCUGGCAACGACCAAUCAUCACUUCUUCUUUUUCAUGUUGAAAGGCUCUGAUGUGUGUGGCACCCCCCUCUGGUCAUACACCGCGUCCCACUUGCCGCUGACAGAACCAGUGCUGUUUUGCUCCUGGAUUGUCCAGCUCUUUUUCCCGUCAUUGAAUCAACACAGCCGUGUGUAUGAAAGGGCCACUGUGGUGAUAAACACUAGUGUCCUGUGUUUGAGGUGACCAGACGCAAAACCAGAUGUGAAAAACAGGUGGUUGUCCAGUCAAAACCUGGCUUGGCCUUCUCGGUUCAAGUUUUGUCCCAAGUUCAACAGUCCCAACUUGUGCCAAAAAUACCAGACCUUGAGAGGAUAAAGUGGGAUGUGCGUAUUGUGCCGCAAAGGGGGGGGUGUGUGAUGCACUCAAUGCCACAUACAGCUGGACUGACUACGAAGCCACACUAUUGCAAACUGCCUCAUUUUACUCUGUCCAAAGGGGCAAAAACAAAAAUCAAAACAGACUCAUUUUACUUCUGGGAUAAUUCUCCUUACGGUUCGAUUAAGCAGUCAACAUGCACUUACCACACACUAUAUUCUUCCCAUGUUUUAUAAAAUGUUACUGCCAAGUCAUUGUUCUUUGGAAACUGUUUUGCUCUUAUCCCAUUUGUGCUCAGGCCUGCGAGGGCCAGCUUCGCUGCAGGGUUCUUCUACGCUUGUGUUGCCGAUUGCUGAUGUAUGUAGGAUGUUGACUGCACCGUGUAAACUGGGGUUUUCACAGAGGAGAGGUCGCGGAAAAAGAGAGGAUCAUCUUAACACAAGGAACAUUCCCUCAAGAGACUGAUGCACGCCUCCUCUCUCUCACUCCUCCAUCUCUCCUCUCCCCAUCUGUUUUGUUGAGGGUCUCGCUUUCUCCAUCCCCGCUCUUGAGAAUAAUCACAGUUAUUGCUGUUUUUUUUUUCUUUUUUUCUUUUUUAGUCAUUAUUUUUGCUGUUGUUCAGACGAGACAUUUUUCUGAUGUUGAAGUUGCUUUGAUUCCUUGUGUUUCUGCGAUGGCUGCUCUGCACUCCGCUUUCUGCUGUCUAGCCCGGGUCUUUGAAGGGGUUGGAGCGAGAGAGAGAGAGAGAGAGAGAGAGAGAGCGAGGGAGACCGAGAGGGGGUUAAGGUGUCCCUCUGGGGGAAAAUCAGGUUUUAGGAGGUCUCCAGUGGACCGUAUGACAUCACAUUCAUCCAUGACAAUCACAUUUCUGUACUGAGGAGUUUGGUAGGGUUCGUUUGCCACAUCCCUCAUGAGAGAGUGGGACUGGACCGGCCAAUCAGUUCUCAAAUACAAGAUUAUCUCUACGGGCUGCUCAGUUCGCCUGAUUUGUGACUUUUCCGGAGUUACACAAAGGAAAAUCACAGAGAAAUAACAACCAACUGUAAGGCUUCUAAAAUGGCGGGUGGCCUUGGGAGAGCGUGAGAGAAAAAUGAGGCACAGAGAGAGAGAGAGAGAGAGUGAGAGAGGAGUGGCUGAAUGAAUAAAUGACUGGACGGGGAUAGGGAGAGAUGAAGGGAGAGGCUGUGUGCCAGCAGGCGAGGGAGAGAGAAAGAGAGGCAGAGGAUGGCGUAGCUGUGGAGAGCCCCUCCAUCUGGCCACCUACCCAGCGAGCCGAGCGGGCCUCUCGUCUCUGAAGUCAGUGGCCGCGCUGUGCCCAAUGUGGCAGCCACUCACAGGCAUGCCAGCCAGCAGAAAACUAGGCCACUGAACUCUGUCUGCCCUCUGGGUUUUUUAUAGAUUAAACCCAAAAGGCUCCCGCUCCCUCAACUCCCCUUCCUCCUCCCCGCCCUUCUCCAGGCCGCAAAGCUUUUUACCAGAGAUGAGGAAAACAGGCAAACACUCACACACACACACAUAGCCAGUAAACAAAAACAAAUAGAACCCUCCCUGUGUAAAGAUGUGAGGGAUUUUGAAGGAGCAGGUCAGAAUGGAUUAGAGCGCCGCGUCGGGGGCUAGUUCCUCUCUCGCUGAGCAGGAUUUUGCAGCGGGGAUGCAGCGCGUACCUGUGUUUCUGCCUCGAUAGUUCUUGAUCAUUAUUAUCCCAGACACGCUCACACUCACACACACACACACACACACACACACGGGUGGCCAGUCUCCAGGUUCAGGCUCGGUAUUGAAGAGAAUCUCUCGUUGUGAGUGGACAAUCCUGGCAUGUGAUGUCAUCAGAAACAGGUGUUAAGUAGGCUAGACAUGGGUUUCCCUGGCAACAGUGAAACCCACAGACACGACUCUCCUCCUCCUCCUCCUCCUCCUCCUCCUCCCUGUCUGUCUCUCCCAUGUUGAUUGAAGCCGGGGACGGAGACUCGGUACAGCUGGAGAAAGCUGAAAACGACACAGAUCCUCCCAGGGUCCACAUCUUACAAUAUUAAAUAAGCUGUUUGAUUCAUUAACCCUUUGAGCUCAAUCUGUAACAAACUGCACUUUUGUUCCCCUCAUAGUGUAUAGACAGGGGACGCCAACUCAAAAAAACCUACUAUCAUACCCUUUCUCAGUGUAGAGCAUUGUACAAUGAUUGUUUUGGGGACCAAGAGGAAUGGCAAAAAUAUUCACUGUUGGCAGUCAGUGUCCUUGAUUGAUAAAAUUACUGAAAUCUUUUUUUUUUUCCUUUAUAUGAUAUUAUAAAAGCGGUACUUGCUCCUGGAGAUAUCAAAGUAAUGCUUAUCAACACUUAAUGCCAUGAUAAGUGGAAAUGAGAAUCUCAGUGUGUGCCACACAGACACACACACAGACACACACACACACACAUAUCCAAAUCCAGGGCACAGAAAUUGUGUUAGCUAGCUAGGUCAGUGUCAUGUACAAGGGAUGCCAUUGACUGAAGUGCCACAGUGUUGCACAAAGGGUUAAUGAUGAGACUAUGGCCACACAAGGCCGGUUCCAAGUUAUGUUUUUGCACAUUUGUGAGAUAUUCUAAUGUCAGUAUUUUAAUUUUUCCAAGUGCCUUUUAUUAUAGGUAAAAUAUAGAAGCUAUACACUAUAUGAAAAAUGAUAUGAAAAUAUAUUUUUUCCUGGCAUCAUGUUCUAUGGUCGAACAUGCAGAAUUUUAGAGUUGUAAGUCUCCAAUUGGUACAACAUAGCGGUGUUCUCCUGUUUUAGAGGAAUUUUAUUACGAUAUUGAUAAUAAUGUCAAUGAAAAAAAAAAGAAACAAAAUGUUUAAUAAAGUUGCAUUUGAUACAA